CACUCGAUCAAAAACAUGUUGCAUGAGAUUCAAACCGUAUUUAAUCCUGUCAGACCUCACGAGACAUGUGAACGAGAAAACGGAAACGUGGGAUCAGUGUUAUCUAGUGUGUCCCCGUGGAUGUAGCUUAUACAACUCUGUAGAUGGAUUGUACAGCAGUGUCAAUGUUUCUAGACUGUAAAUGAUUUCAGCAGAUUACUUAGUAUGUACGGAUACUUUUUUAUUUUCGGUCUGAUUCCCGUGGCCAUUAGUGAAGAUUUGUGUGGGAAUCGUUUUGUCUCGGGUGUGAGCGAUGCCAGCUUCUCAGCUUCAUCAACAUAUGGUUCCGACCCCACACAUGAUUACGGCCCAUCAAGGGGACGCUUAAAGACGACGGAGUUCAAGGACGCCUCUGGGAGGACUCUGAUUGGAGGAUGGUCGGCAGGUAAAAAUGAGGUCGACCAGUUUAUCCAGGUAAAACUGAACGAGCCUACAGUGAUCCGAGGGGUGGUCACCCAGGGACGGAAUGGCUGCUGUAAACAGUGGGUGAAGAAAUACCGGGUACUGUAUAGUGGUGACUGUGUCCGAUGGAGACCUGUCGGGGGACCAAACACCACAGACGCCUUCUUUAAGGGUAACAGUGACGAGGACACACCGGAGACAAACAUAUUUCAGUGCCCUGUGAUUGCGUUGUGUGUCCGUAUAAACCCUCUUGAGUGGAACAAUCACAUCUCCAUGAGGUUCGACCUCAUAGGAUGUCAUCCUGUCGGAAACACCUCGAAAGUUGCUGCAGCAUCAGGAGGUGGCAGUUUGACGCCCCCUGCCAGUUCACCUGUCCCAGGAGGUGUAGCUAUACAGCCCGUGGUUCAAGGUGCCAAACGAAAAUGUGUGAAGGACUGUACGGGAAAGGCCGCCGGAGUGUACCAGUCAUGUGACACAUGUGACGGCUUCGUGAGUUGUGUAUGGGGACUCGUGUACAAACAGCCAUGUCCGCCCGGCCUCAAGUGGAACGACCUUUUACGGGUGUGUGACUUCACUUCAUCAACCUGUCCGUAGGCCACUGACCAUCAACCUGUCCGUAUUCCACUGACCAUCAACCUGUCCGUAGUCCACUGACCAUCAACCUGUCCGUAGUCCACUGACCAUCAACCUGUCCGUAGUUCACUGACCAUCAACCUGUCCGUAGUCCACUGACCAUCAACCUGUCCGUAAUCCACUGACAAUCAACAUGUCCGUAUUUCGCUGGAUGUAGAUAGCUAGUUUGAUAGUGGAAGUAGUUUUCUUAUAAAUCCUACACAAUGUUUCUAUACUUAACGCACUGUGUAACCAGCUGUAGGCCUGUAAUACCGUGCCCCCUGUGCCGUGAACGCUACAGAAACACCGUAUUUUGAAGUCACUCCGGAAAUGUUUGACCAAUACAGAAAAAGGAAUGGCGACCGUGAGGUGAUCUAGGUAAUUCCUUUGUUGUGACGACACAGGACGUAUUUUAUAUGUUUAACUUACGUAACCUAGCUGGAUAAUGUUUGGUCAACAAUGACUAUUCUGGUACGUAUACAUAUAUGUGUAUUGAACAAUUAUUGAACCACUUGUCACGAAGUCCAGUUUCUUACAAGAAGACUUAUUCUAACUCUUGAUAAACGGUCGAUCCCUGGAAAUCCACGUCAAUAAUGUAGCUGGUCACUCACACGGCCACUCUAACUCAGAUAAAUGGUCUACCUCCUCGUCAAUAAUGUAGCUGGUCACUCACAAGGCCACUAACUCAGAUAAAUGGUCUACCUCCUCGUCAAUAAUAUAGCUGGUCACUCACACGGCCACUCUAACUCAGAUAAAUGGUCUACCUCCUCGUCAAUAAUAUAGCUGGUCACUCACACGGCCACUAACUCAGAUAAGUGGUCCACCUCCUCGUCAAUAAUGUAGCUGGUCACUCACACGGCCACUAACUCAGAUAAGUGGUCUACCUCCUCGUCAAUAAUAUAGCUGGUCACUCACACGGCCACUCUAACUCAGAUAAAUGGUCCACCUCCUCGUCAGUAAUAUAGCUGGUCACUAGGAUGUAAAUGUAUCAUUUUUCUGACAACAUGAACAGCGUGUGUUAAUUCUACCGAAAUAAGUCAUAACUAGAAGUACACGUAAUUAUGUGUCGCGUGUCUUAGAUUAAGUCAACAUGUUUAUUGUAUCUAGUGUUGUAAUUACCUGAACAAUUUUAACAAAGAUUUAAUUGUUACAAUGUAGUUUUCCAAAUAUUAACAAGAGGCACAAAGGGCCUGCAUCGCUGACCUGGAUAUUUCAGUAAUAAUGGCAAAAAGUUUAAGUUACAUUUAAAUUAUUUUUCUACCAUUUUUGCUGCAUUUCCCUACUAUGGUUUAAAGUUGUUUGUUUGUUUCCUCUUCUUUUUUGCAACAUUUCUCCAGUCCCAAGGGACCAAUACCUUUCAUUUAUACAACAAAAGAUAUCCUUACCCAAAAUGCUUCAGACUAAAUUUCAUCAGUUAUUGGUCAUUGAGGACUAGCAGGGAUUUUAAGAAUUAACCUCAAUUUCUCCUAUUGGGCCCUGUCCCUCUGACCCCAGUCAUCAUUUAUGCAAAAUCUGUUCUCAAUUCAUCAAGGAUAUUUCUGACCAAUGGUUCAAAUCCAUUCAUAACUUUAUCACUAGUAUCGAUUUAAUGCAAAUAUUGACGGACGGACGCCGCACCACGACAAAAGCUAAAGAGCUAAAAAGCGAUAAAUACAACCCCAGCUAACCGGAAAUGUGUGUAGGGAUACAUAGAUUAAAGUAUACUCCAGGUUUGGUCAUGACAACACGUUUACUUUGUGAGAAAUUAAACUCAACCCCCAGCUAAACGGAUAACUUUAACAUAGUACAAUCAAUUAACUAAGUCCAAUUAACUGUAAAUUUAAGAUGAACUUCUGAAUCUGAAAUGUUGGGAUAGUUACAUAUAUAGAUACAAGUACACUCCUGACGUCAUUAAAUAGUUUAUGUACCAGGGUGAAUUGAUAUGUUGUGAGUCUUAUAUUGUAGAAUUUGAAUUUUGACGGACAUAGUUCUGCAUAUUGCAUCUUGGGACCAAUAGGAAAACAA